AUGGGCCAGUCGAAUGCCCUUGUAAAGGCCGGUAGCACGCCGCCGCCAGAUGGGCCGCCUCCGGAAUAUUCUGCAUCCUCGAGCAGCAGUCAACCACGUCCGCAAUCGCAGGGAACAAGCGGUUACUAUAAUCACAGCCGACCCACGGGUACUAAUUAUGGAGCAAGUGGCCAAUCCGGAUAUGGCGGUGGAUACGGCUACUAUCCACAACAGCAGCACCAGCAAACUUAUUAUCCGCAGCCACAGUAUAACUCGCCUCCGCCGGGUCCGCAAUACUCCUCGCAGCCUGCAUACUAUCAACAACCAGUGUAUUACCAAGAGCGCUACGACCGCAGAGACGAAGAUUGUGCCAAUUUGUGCUGUGGUGUGUGUGCCGGCCUGAUGUUUGCCGAGCUACUAACCCUCUGUCUUGUUUUCUGA